AUGUCAGCAAUGACUGCGGCUGCUGCUGCUAAGAUUGUUGUUUCUCUCCUCCCCUUCCCACCGUCCCCCACUCUCAUCAUUCUCAUACCGUUUCCCUAUCGUUUUCCCUCUGUAUUUUCAACCGUGGUCUGUCUCUUCACACUCUUCCCCCUCUGUUUUCAUUUCCUUUAUCUCGAUUCGUAUCCCUCUUCUUUCAUUUUAUGUCUCGUCUUCUCUUUUGAUACCCUUUUUAACUUUUCUAUCCUUUCCUUCAAACUUUUCUAUUAUUUUGUUUUAUUUUCGUCAACUCAUUCUCUUCAUUUUUCUUUUUAUUCUAUCCCUUCUUUUUCACCCUCUCCUGCUUUUAUUAACUUUCUCAUUAUUUUUAUUAGCGUCAUCCUCUCUCUCUUUUUCUUUUCAUUGCUGUAUUUACACUUUUUCUUCUUUCACACUCUCCUAUUUAAGUCUUUACUCUUUCUUUACCAUUCUAUUCCUGUUUCGCUUUCCCCACUCACUCGUAUUACUUACAUCUCUCUUUCCAUAGCAACUACCACCACUUUCUCUAUUAAUGUCUCCACCUUAUUAAGUCACCUUCUCUCGUCACUCGUUGGGCUUUCUCUCUUUUUCUCACUUCUUUAUAUAAAUUUCUUAUUUUAUACUCGCUGCCACUUUUUUCUCUUUCUAAAACCUCAUUCCAUUUUCAUCUCCAUCACAACUCCCCGCUCUUUUAUUUCUUGUUUUCCUCCUUCUCUUCCUUGUGUCCCUCUCUAUUUAUUUACACUCUCACGCUCUCUAACACUCUUUAACCAUUUUUUUCUCUUUGCAUGCUCUUGUUUCCCUGUCUCUCUUCAUGCAGACAGACAUCUCCCUUACUUUGCCUUUAUUGUCUUCUCUUCUUCCUCACUAUCACUUUCUCCUCUCUUUUAUUUAUUUAUUUUUUUUUUUUUGACAUCUUUCUUUUUCUUAAUAACGGCUUUCUCUCUUUCUUUUUUUCCCACCUAA